CUCCGUUUUUAUUCCAGGAGUGCUGGAAGCGUGUCCCGAUCCCCCUGAAGUGCCCGGUGGUGCCGGAGAGGGAGGACUUUCCCCUCCUUGGGGCAGCAGGACUCUGCCCUCCUGCUUUGCCAGGACUUCUGCCCUGGAGGUGGAGUUUGCUCAAGGGCAGGGGAUGGGUUUGGGUUAAAAGUGAAAAACCCAAACAUGUUUCACACACCAAACCCAUCCAAUGGCUGGGCUAAAAAUGAGCUUAAAAUGAGGUUAAAAAUGUUUAAAACAGGCGAGAGCUGAGUGUGCCAGGGGAAAAAACUGCCCUUCCCACCGGGAAGUUCCCCUUGUGGCCCUCGAUUUCCAGGCUCCAAAUUCGGGUGCUGAUCCCCAUCCAGGCUCACUUGGGUGCCACAGGGGCUCCUCUGUGUCCCGUGCUGAUCCCAGGGCAGGACUGAGCCCGAUGGUGCCGAGCUCUGGGAAUGCUGAGCCGCAAGGAUAAGGAGUGCAGGGAGCGGUGCCAGCUCCAACCUUUCCUCCCUCGGCCUCCUCAGGGCACAGGGAUCUCAGGGGUGGCUGGAGGGGAAGAAAACACAAAGAUUUUGGGGAUAAACCACCCUAGGAAAGGUCAGAGUUUUCCCAGGAAUAUUUUGACCCCCAUCCCAAGUUCAGUUUGUUUCACCCUUUAUGCCUGGCGUGAUCCAUGAGCAAAUUCCUGAGGUAUUUUCUGUCCCAGCACUCAGGCUGGGCAUUAUUAGGGGAUGUGGAUGACUUUGCUUUGCUUUUCCUUGGGAGGGAGCCUCUUUUUUUGUGGACAGUGGACGGACACACUCCCUUCCCUGCUGGAUUUGCUGGGAUCCUGUGGGGAUUUCACCUCUCGCUGCCCCACAGGGGUCCAUCCCACCCCCUGGGAUGUGUCCGUGGGCACCACCAGCUCCUGCCUGGAUGUAAUGGGGUGAUUUGGGGCUGGGACACUUCCUAGACCUUUUUUCCCAUCCCUCCCCUCCUGUGGGAGCAGGACCAGGGUUGGAGGAGGGAACAGCUUGGCCUCUCCUCAGCUGGGCUGGUCUAGCUCUGCACUCUUGAGCCGUUCCUACUCUGGGAUCUCCCAUUUCUGUAUCCCAGGGGGAAAACAGUGCUUGGUGUGGAUUUUGUUGGAUGUGCUCAGGAACACCGGGACAGGGAGACUCAGACAGCAGCAGGCUUUGUUUUCCAGCACUUUGGAGCAGCUGGAUUUAUCCCAAAUGCCAGGGAGAGCCGAGUGCUGCCAGGGAGGUGGGAAGAGCUGCAGGGAGCUCUGCUGAGGGGGAGAAUGGGAGAUCCAGGUGGAUGGUGCUGCUCCCAGCAUUCCCCAGCCAUUCCAGGGCUCUCUCCCUGUGCACCACAAAGCCUCUGUCCUAAGGCUUAGCCCCAAAUUAUUUUCUCACUGCUGGCAGCUCUUUAGAACAUGGGGACUAAAAUUACAAUUCCUCUUUCAUGCUUAAUCCCUUUUUCUUUUUUUCCCCUUUCUGUCUUGGUUUGGACCUGAAAACCACAGUGGCUGCUCCCACUCCCAGCCUGGCUCUGGCAUUAUUUGGCUUCAAACCACGCCUGUGGAUAAACCUGAAGUCUUGAUGGGUGUUCCUGCAAAGAAACAGCCAGUGUUUGGUUCAAGCCCCUCGGCCCCCCGGGAUGGUCCCACCAUGAGAAGGUGCUGCCAGGGCGUGGGGCUGCCAUGCCUGUUUAAGGGCGUGGGCAUGGCCACCCCCCGGCCCCCCCGGUACCUGCUGGUGUUCGACUUCGACGAGACCAUCGUGGCCGAGAACAGCGAUGAUUCGGUGGUGCGGGCGGCGCCGGGGCAGGCGCUGCCGGAGCCGCUGCGGCAGAGCCAGCGCCAGGGCUCCUACAACGAGUACAUGCAGCGCGUCCUGGCCUUCCUGGGCGAGCAGGGCGUGCGCGCCGCUGACUUCAGGGCCGUCUACGAGAACAUCCCGCUGAGCCCGGGCAUGCCCGAGCUCUUCCAGUUCCUCUCCAAGAACCGCGAGCUCUUUGAGGUCAUCCUCAUCUCCGACGCCAAUGUGUUCGGCAUCGAGGCCAAGCUGAGGGCGGCCGGCGUCCACUCGCUCUUCCGCAAGAUCUUCAGCAACCCGUCCAGCUUCGACAAGAGGGGCUACCUCACCCUGGGGCCCUACCACAGCCACAAGUGCCUUGACUGCCCGGCCAACAUGUGCAAGAGGAAAAUCCUGACGGAAUACCUGGCGGAGAGGGCGCAGGAGGAGGUGGAGUUCGAGCGGGUCUUCUACGUGGGAGACGGUGCCAACGAUUUCUGCCCUUCCGUGGCCUUGACUUCGGCCGACGUGGCUUUCCCACGGAAGGGCUUCCCCAUGCACAGGAUGACCCAGGAGAUGGAGAAGAAGCAGCCCGGGGCCUUCCAGGCCACUGUUGUCCCCUGGGAAUCGGCUGUGGAGGUCGCCCGGUACCUCCAGGAGCUCCUCAAGAGGAAAUGUUGAGGGAGGCUCCAGAGGGUCCUGCAAGUGGCCGGGAAAAAGAGAAGCCUGGGGUGGUCACAUCCUGUGCCCCUGCUUGUCCCCGCUCCCGGGGUGUUUUCCUGCCUUCCCGAGCUCCUUCCUCCCCGGUGAAUAAAGCACUUUCUCCAGGUCCCUGUCCCUGCCCUGCCAUGGUGAGAUGGAGCCGUCCCUGCAGCUCGGACUCCUGGGGCCCCCUGGGGCCCUUUGCCAACGUUAUUGGGGAUUGGUUGGGGUUGUGUUGCUUUUCUUCUUUUCCCUUUUGGCUUCACGAGGGAAUUCCUAAGAAUCCAGAAGCCAGUUCCCUGCGGGCUGGGAACAUCCUUCCUCCUGCCAUCCUCCCAGCCACACGAGGAGCUGCCUGCUCAUGCUCAAGGGCUCCUUCCCUCUUUGUGAGCCCACUGGGAAUUUAAUCCAGGAAAUUCAUGCUCCCUGGCUCCUCCACAUCCCACUCAGGCAGGGCAGCUCCAGGCCCAGCUGCUGAGGCUUGUGAUGGGGUUAAUUGUCCCUUGGGACUUUAUUCUCUGAGAAGAACACGUCAUGAGGAUCAGGAAAGCUUUUGGAAAGGUGGCAGCUUGGAAUAAACCUCCCCAGCCCAUCGCCUCUCCUUCCCCAGGGGAGGAGGACCUGUCCUUGCCUUCCACUUCCAUCCUCUGCUCCUGCUCCCAGGAGGAAGUGUCCCUGUGUCCCUGACAGGUUCCUCCUUGCCCUGAGCCAUUUCCAGUCGUGUCCUUGUGCUUGCUGGAUCGUGUGACCCCCCCCUUUCACCCCAGGGAGGGGAAAAUUCCCCUCCUGACCUGGUGGAGAGGUGCCAGACCUCCCCAGGGGAGGUUUCGUGGUGCUGUGGCACUUCUGGCACCGGGUCCCCAGAGGCCAAACCCUCCCCCCUCCCUGUGUCCCCCCCACCCCACUGCAGUAUUAAUUACCCCUUCUAAUUGCACUCUGCAGGGGGGACCUCCAGGAUCCGCUGCUCUCCGGUGUUGGCUUCCCCUGGAUUUAUCCACAGCCUUACAGGCCCCCGAGGGUGGCUCGUGACUCCUCCAAACCCUGGGACCCCUGACAGCAAACCCCAGCAGUAAGGAAAUAACCAAAGCAGCCCUGAGUUGUUCCUCCUCUUAUUUCAUCCCCUCCUCUCUGUUCUUCCUCCUCCAGACCCCGUUCGACUGUGUGGAACUGAAAGCCAUGGAAUUAAAGAUACCUAUAUAUGUAUAUAGAUGGAUAUCUCUAUAUUGCAGAGACACGAACUUGGUUGUAUCCAGGACAUAAACCUGGGCGUGAAACAGCUCUGAGUUGCACCAAAA